AUGAAGUUUACUCGUCAUACUCUCGCUUUCCUUAUUGCAUCGGCACUUGCAGUCUGUGUCUGUAGCGAAGAGACUACAGAAGUAGACAAUAGGCCAGAGUUUAAGCCCACAACCAUCCAAGCACCUUUUCUUGAGCAAUUCACAGACGAUUGGUUGACCCGUUGGUCACCCAGUGAGGCUACGAAAGAAAAUAAGGAUGGUGGUGAAACAUUUAGUUAUGUUGGAAAAUGGAUCGUUGAAGAACCAAAUGUUUAUCCAGGUAUAAAAGGCGAUAAAGGUCUAGUUGCAAAAUCCGCUGCAGCUCAUCACGCAAUAUCCGCUCCACUAAAAACGCCGUUGGAUAACACAGGCAAAACAUUAGUAGUCCAGUGA